CUGCCUAACAGAUUAGGAAGAAAGUUUUUCUGUUUUGGCAACCUUUUAUGGUGUAACAGCAAAUAAAAACAUCUGCUCUUGGUUAUGUUUCUUUCUUCUAAUUCUUUAUUUUGACCAAAUAUUUGUGUUUAAACCACAGUCUUGUAUAAUAGUUGUGAUACAGUAAGUAAUCUUGAACGCUUUAACUCUUUUCAGAUGAAGUCUUAUUGGUCCCAAAUGAACCUCAACGCUUCAACACGCAACAGUUCCACCUUAAGAGAAGCUUUAGCAGCCUGUCCUGUUUGUGUUGAAGCCAACAGGCACAAUAUAUUACAGUCUAGGGCUUGCUGCUGAAAAGCCCGCUGGAUCCUCCACUGACCUGCUGUUCUUUCCUGCUUUCCUCUUGCGUUUUUUUUUUUUUUCCACAUUUAGAUUAAAAACAAAGCUCUCACUCUCUCCUCCCUAUCUCAAACCUCCUCCUCCUCCUUCUUCCUCUCCUUAUUUCUGCUGCAGCAGUCAAGGCUUUAGUGUGUCAGAGAGACAGGGUGAAGAGGAGGAAAAAUAAGAGAAGGGGGCUAUUUGGUUCAGCUGAGUGUUUAUGUUUGUAUGUUUUGCCAUUGGACUGCUGGGUGAAAGGGCGCAAGGACAAGCCACAAGAAGAGUGGGAAGAGGAGGAGAAGUAUAAGAGAGGAGCUUGCAUGGACUGAAUUCUCUCUCUCUCUUAUGUCAGUACGUGUGGACCUGGACUGAUCACAAGCUGAGAAAAAAAGGGGGACAGACACUGUAAGGCAGACUAGGAGGAGAGAAAGAGGAGGAGAAACUGUGACUUGGGUUUCACUAGGGAAAGGCGAAGGAGGAAGAAGAAGGAGGCAAAGUCUGGCGCUCCGUUUUUAUCAUGACCCUGUUGGAUGAACGAGCUGACGGAGCGAGGGUUCUUCUGCUGAGUGUCAGUGGGAAUUUGCGUUAGAAGAUAAGGACAGAGAGCAACAAGGACGAGAGAACCCAGCUAAGGAGCAGAGACAGUUCUCCCUGAGUGUUUGAGAGUCUGGGUUUGUGUGUGACUGUGUGUGGUUUGGUGUAACCAGGUGGAGGGCAGAGGACUGGAGGGCCAGGGGAGUAACCUGGCCAUCAAACGGACUGGAAGCCUCUCCUCUCCUGGGAUCAUGUACCCUCAGGGCAGGCAUCCGGUCCCCUUGCAGCCUGGCCAGUCUUUCAAGUUCACAGUCCUGGAAACUCUGGACAGAAUCAAGGAGGAAUUCCAGUUCCUCCAGGCUCAGUAUCACAGCCUGAAACUGGAAUGUGAGAAGCUGGCCAGUGAGAAGACGGAGAUGCAGAGGCACUACAUCAUGUACUACGAAAUGUCCUACGGUCUCAACAUUGAGAUGCACAAACAGGCAGAAAUCGUCAAGCGUCUCAGUGCCAUCUGUGCUCAGAUCAUCCCUUUCCUCUCUCAGGAGCACCAGCAGCAGGUGGUCCAAGCAGUGGAGAGGGCGAAGCAGGUCACCAUGGCCGAACUAAACGCCAUUAUUGGGCAGCAGCAGCUCCAGCACCUGUCUCACCACGCCCCCGGCAUCCCUCUGACACCGCACCCAUCAGGCUUGUCCCUUGGUGCAGGGAGCUCUGGGCUUUUGGCUUUGACUGGAGCCCUGGGGGUCUCCGCCCACCUCGCUUCCAAAGACGAGCGAAACCAUCUUGAUCCAGAACACCUUAGAGAGGGAGCCCCCAGCAGGAGUAAGUCGGUGUCGUCAACAGACAGCCAGCCCACCGAGGAGCGCCAAGGACCCUCAGGAGGAUACGCUGCCUUGCAGGGAGGGGCUGAGGCCAAGAGGAGGCGCUGUGAUGAUAAAGAAGCCCUCCCUCAACACUCCUAUGACAGCGAUGGAGACAAAAGCGAAGACAAUCUUGUGGUGGACGUCUCCAAUGAGGAGCCCAACUCUCCCACCGGCAGCCCGCCUCACUCCCCCCAUGGGAACGGACUGGACCGGGCGCCGACUCUGAGGAAAGAGCUGCCUGGUUCCUCGAGUGCAGGAGAGGCGCCUUCCACGCCAAACCCCCGCAGCCCCACCCCAGGAAAGACCAAGGACCCUGCACAGAUGGAUAAGUCCCAGUCUCCACUGUCCAAGUCUGGCACUCCGUCCCCAUCCCAUCGUGAGGCUCUGACCCCGGGAUCAACAGGAGCGCCUGGAGCUCCAGGCCCCAGCACCUCCUGCCUUCGUCUGGUCAGCAAAGCUGCAACAAGUGCAGACCCACUUGCUCUCCGCAGUCCCAUGUCUGUGCCCCCCGGUUCAUACCCGGCUCAUUUUGGCGUGGUGUCCCACGCAGGGCUGAACGGGGAGCUGGCCAGCCCGGGGGGAUUCGGAGGAGCUCUGACUCUCUCUCCACAGAUCAGCGCCGCAGCCAGCGCCUACUCCCGCAGCCCCAUGGUGGCGUAUGACUCUCGGUCUCACCUAAGAGCUCCCGGCCUGUCAUCCUCUCUCCCUGGCUCCUCUGGUGGAAAACCCGCCUACUCGUUCCACGUGAGCGCCGACGGCCAGAUGCAGCCGGUGCCGUUCCCCCCCGACGCCCUGCUGGGCCCGGGCAUCCCGCGUCACGCCCGUCAGAUCCACACGCUGAGCCACGGGGAGGUGGUGUGCGCCGUCACAAUCAGCACCUCCACACGCCACGUCUACACCGGAGGCAAGGGCUGCGUCAAGGUGUGGGACAUCAGCCAGCCGGGAAGCAAGAGCCCCAUGGCCCAGCUGGACUGUCUGAACAGAGAUAACUACAUCCGUUCCUGUAAAAUCCUCCCCGACGGUCGGACCCUGAUCGUUGGAGGCGAGGCCAGCACGCUGUCCAUCUGGGAUCUGGCCACGCCGACUCCCCGCAUCAAGGCGGAGCUGACGUCGUCCGCCCCGGCAUGCUACGCCCUGGCCAUCUCCCCCGACAACAAGGUCUGCUUCUCCUGCUGCAGCGACGGCAACAUCGUCGUCUGGGACCUGCACAACCAGACGCUGGUCAGGCAGUUCCAGGGCCACACAGACGGAGCGAGCUGCAUCGACAUCUCCAAUGAUGGCACCAAGCUCUGGACAGGAGGGCUGGACAACACGGUCCGCUGCUGGGACCUGAGAGAGGGCCGGCAGCUGCAGCAGCACGACUUCACCUCACAGAUCUUCUCCCUGGGUUACUGUCCGACAGGCGAGUGGCUGGCUGUGGGGAUGGAGAGCAGCAACGUGGAAGUGCUGCACGUCUCCAAACCCGACAAGUACCAGCUGCACCUCCACGAGAGCUGCGUCCUCUCCCUCAAGUUCGCAUACUGCGGAAAGUGGUUUGUCAGCACAGGAAAAGACAAUCUGUUGAAUGCAUGGAGGACACCAUAUGGAGCGAGCAUUUUCCAGUCCAAGGAGUCCUCAUCUGUGCUGAGCUGCGACGUCUCCCCAGAUGACAAGUACAUAGUGACGGGCUCCGGGGACAAGAAGGCCACUGUGUACGAAGUGGUGUAUUAAAGAAUAAGCGGACACAGGAGACAAUAGGAUGGACAGAGGCUUUUCUUUCUUUCUAUUUUUAUUUUUUGUUCUUUGUUAUGCAUCAGCUCCACUUGAUUCUCAACACCGCCAAACGUCGUCUUCGUCUUCUCGAAUCAUCGGCCCUAAAACUCCAUCACUGCCCUCUUGUUUUGCUGUAAUAUUAGCUGCUGUAGUUGUUCCCAAAUGUCCCCUCACCUUCCCCUUCCUCCACCCAGACGAAGCUCAUUGAAUGAGGCAUGAUAGCGGAGAGAGAGAGAGAGAGAAACAGAAUGAGAAACGGCAAGAUAAGGAAGACAAAGGGAAGAGGACGGUGGAGGGUAAAGAUAAAGUUGUGAGGAGAAAGAGAGGAAAAGCGAGUAGAGAGAGCGAUAGUGCAGAAGGAAGCGACAUUAAAUGGGGGGUCAGGGGGAGGUAGGGUAAUUAGGGCUGUUUCCUGAUUAAGAGCUCAGUGGAAGGGAGGCCCCCAGAGGAGGAGUGGAGCGGCACGGUGGGAGCGCCAGCCAGGAGCACUGAUACCACACAAUCGAUUCAUUAGCGAGACAGUGGAGGCCUUAAUGAGGCUGACACUGCAGCUCCAUCUCCCCAGCGAGAGGUGUCAGGAGCCGGGGAACGAUGACGCGGCGAGAUGCUUCAGAUUUCCACAUAAACCGACACAAAAAUCCGCUCAAGACGCACAGAGCCGAGAGUACAAACACUCCGAUACGCCACCACCCCACCCCACCACCACCACCACCACCACCCCACCCCACCACCACCACCCACCCACCCACACACACACAAACACCUCCCGCCGUCGAUCGAGGUAAACGUGAGACGGGGGAGGAAAAACACACAACGCGCCGAGCACCCAAUUAAACAUUCAUCCCAGCGCCCUCCCCUGUCUUUCUGCCUAAUAUCUAUUUUAUUUUGGUCUGACAAAGGCAGCAGCCUAAUGAGCAGGGGAGUCGAUGGGAUUCUCCCAGGGCCCGGAGACACAAACAGAGAACAUCAGCCGAUCCGUUGCCUCUAAUUCCUCCGGAUUGUUCUCCUGACAUCCAGCGCCGCGCUCACUCUCAUUAAGAGGCGCUGUCAGCUAGAUGAAGUAGCAGCACAACCAAGCUCACUGUGAGGCACACUGGAGGGCAAAUUAACACCAGGCGAUUACACCAUCAUCAGCAGCUAACUAAGCAGUGACUAAUCCAAUUCCUUUCAAAUUUUAUGCAACUAGUUGCUGUUUUCAUUUCCGCACGUCUUCAUCUCCAUCCCUGCUUACCUGCUCUGAUUAAACCUUGUUAUAUAAGCCAUUGGUUAUCAUUAAAUUAGAAGGUAAACAUUUUAAACAUGUCCAUAAAUCUAAAUGAAUGCACCACUCUUGUGUCUGUAAACUGAGUGUAAAGUUGGCUAAGUCCACUGACUGAAAACAGAGGGGUCUACGCAGCUGUAUGUUAUCUGCACACAGCACACUGUGUCCAGCUAAGAUCACCAAUUAAAACGCUGUAUCUUGUUUGUUUGAUCCUUGGAAAUGCCACAGUGUGAAAAUAAAUUACCACUUUUCCAUGGUCUGAAGCGGUUGCCGGGACAACAGGUGGCAUUGCAGGAAGUCUGCGGCUGUGCCUGAGCAAAAACUUGGCACCAAAAGGACCUCCACGCGUGGCUUUUUAAUCAAAUUUGAAAGACUGCCGAGCAAUGAAGCUGUGUUUGAAACUUUCUCUUGUUCGCUCAUUAAGUGUUUCAUAUUCACUGUUUCUAAGACUAAAGCUUUUGUUCUAUAGGUUCAAAGCUAAUCAAAUUCUGUUAUAUUUAAUAUGUGCACUAUAUUUACAUUUAUCCCCACCCCAAUAGGGAAAAGGGUGUUAGAAAAUGGAUGAAUGGAUGGAUAUUCACAUUUAAGUUUUACAUAAAUAGACACCCUCGCCUAAAUCUGAGGUAAUGGGAAGUGUGAUUUUGCUGCUUUCGGUGGAAAAUGCAUUGUAAUCAACAUAGUCUGUCUUCAUAUCACAGACACUGAACAUGAGGACAAACAGCACCCUCCAUGUUUAUUGGCACUCCUGAUAAAAGUGUAUUUUUUAAAAAAACUUUCUUUUUAUCAUAGUAGUAUACUGAAAAAUGUCGAAAAACUUUUUUUUUUAAAUUCGGGGAAAAAAUCUCAAAAUGUACUUGCCAACCCUUACAGUAUCCGUAAAAUAAAUGUCUCUGAAACAUU